AUGGAGACCGACCAUGCUAUCGCCCAUGCCCAAGAGUGUGGUAGAUCCAGUAGAUCGGUGCUCACCGUCAAAUGCGACCAUGACCUCCAUGGGCACGAAACGGGGUUACCACUUCAGCCCAUGGCCUCGAGGCUGCCUCAAGAAGCCAUCCCAGCAGCACCAUUCACCGAACCAGAUGCUCAGCAAUACAAGCGCUUCAGUCCGCGCCACAAAGUCUUCAUCAGCGGCGUGCUGGCCUUCUGCGCCCUGCUGUCGCCCGUCUCUUCCACCAUGGUGCUGUCUGCCAUCCCCGAGGUCGCCCAUAGCUUCGCCACGUCAGGCAAUGUGAUCAGUCUAUCGAAUGCGUUGUACCUGCUCUUCAUGGGCCUGUCGGCCUGCUUCUGGGGCCCCAUUUCCAAUGUGUACGGUCGACGCUGGGCCGCUAUCAUGUCGGCUUUGCAGUUCUGUGCAUUCAACGUGGGCACGGCCAUGGCCCCCAAUCUGGCCGCCUUUUACGUCUUCCGGAUCCUGACGGCCUUGCAGGGCACGGGCUUGUUGAUUAUGGGCAGUUCGUGCCUGGGCGACAUCUAUGAGCCGACCACGCGGGCGACCGCCCUCGGCUGGUUCUCCCUCGCGACCGUGUUCGGUUCUGCGUUCGGCCCCUUUGCCGGUGGCGUGAUCGUGACCUUCCGAUCAUGGAGAGUCAUCUUCUGGCUCCAGGCUGCGAUGGGGGGCGUCGGUACGGUCUUGCUGGUUCUGUUCCUGCCCGAGACGCUCCUGACGAAGAAGAUUGAUUCACUGGGUCUGCAUGACUCCUCCUCGUCCCCGUCGUCGUCGCGGCCGUCGCGAAGGGUCCGGGUCAUGGCGAUCUUGUCAUGGAUCUCGCCGUGGCGCGUCUUGGUCCUCUUGGUGUCGUAUCCGAAUCUCCUCGCCACGGGACUCGCGUCCAGCGCCUUGAUCUGGAACAUGUACUCGCUGCUCACGCCCAUUCGCUACGUGCUCAACCCUCGCUUUCAGCUGACCUCGCCCUUGCAGGCCGGCCUCUUCUAUAUCGCCCCCGGCUGUGGUUAUCUGGCCGGUAGUCCCUUUGGUGGCCGUUGGGCAGAUCACACGGUGAAGAAAUGGAUUCGCCGACGAGACGGCCGUCGCGAGCCCGAGGACCGAUUGAGGAGCAGCUGUGGCUUCCUGGGGGUGUUGCUGCCCGCCUGCGUGCUGCUGUACGGCUGGAGCGUGCAGAAGCAGUUCGGCGCCAUCCCGCUGCCGGCCAUCACGCUCUUCCUCCAAGGCGCCGUCCAGUGGCUGUGUUUCCCCAGUCUCAACACGUACGCGCUAGAUGUGAUGCAGCACCAUGGCCUGUCGGCCGAAGUGGUGGCGGGAAACUAUAUGAUUCGCUACAUCUUCGCCGCCAUAGGCAGCGCCGUGUGUCUACCUGCCAUCCAGGCCAUGGGAGUCGGCUGGUUCAGCACCGUCAGCGCGGCUUUACUCGUGCUGGCCGAAAUCGCCGUCUGGGCCACAACCGUCUGGGGUGCCUCUUGGAGAGAAAGAGUCGAUGAGAAGAGGAGACGGCAGAAAAUGCAGAAUUCCUAA